AUGCCCGUCUCAGGAGCACUCACCCAGCUGGCCGCCCAAGGCCCCCAGAACCGCUAUCUCACCGUUGAUCCGCAGAUCACCUUUUUCAAGGGGACCUACAAGCGACACUCCAUGUUCUCCAUGGUAGAGGUGGAGAACACCUUCUCGGGCGCCACUGGCGCCGGCCGCAAGCUCACCGCGACCAUCGCGCGCUCUGGCGAUCUUGUCGCGCAGUGCUACUUCUACACCGAGCUGGGCCACAUCAAGUACGCCAGCGACAUGGUCAACGACGGCUUCGUCAACAACUCGGCCUACUACACCAACUCGGUGGGCCACGCCAUGAUUGAAACAGUGGGCAUUGACAUCGGAGGCAACACCUUUGACGAACACACCGGAGAGUUCCUAGAGAUCUGGGAGCGGCUGACGUCGAGCUCCGGCAAGCGCCUGGGCCAGAUGGUGGGCUACGCCGAGACCACGGGCCAGCUCAUUGAGUACGGCUUCCAGACCCAGCACCUGUACUACCACGAGGCCAAGCUGACCGUGAGGACUCGCGCGCUCGACAAGCUCAUCGUGCGCUCGGGCGAGGCCAACAACCCGGCCACGCUGGCCAUGCCCGGCGAGAUCUCCAACAUGCUCAUCCUGGUCAACUACAUCUUCCUUGACACGCUCGAGCGUCGCAUGUUUGCCCAGCAGAUGCACGAGUAUCUCAUUGACCAGGUGCAGUUCACUGGCGCCGAACCACACACCGGCAGCACCUCGCAGGCCAUCCGUCUCCAGUUCAACCACCCGGUGAAGGAGAUCUUCGGG